AUGCCUUAAUAAAUUCAAACAACUUUACAUAAGUAAGGUUAUGGACCUGAUUUAUAAAAAUAUAAUGGAAAAAGACUAUUAGUAUAUUUAAAUGGCAAAAGAAGAGUAUAAGGUGUUGUUAAAGGACAUGAUAAUUAUAUGAAUAUAGUAUUAGAAAAUGCAUAAGAAUUAAUUGGAAAAGAUAAAGUCAAUAAUAUUGGAAAAGCAGUAGUUAGAGGAAAUUCAAUAAUAAGAUGGGAUUGUUUAGAUCUUGUUUGA